CCAGAGUAUUUUUAAAGAACAUGAACCAGAACACAUAUAAAGACAUAUCUAGGAAAGAAAGAAAUACACUCGAUUUCAACAAAUUUUAUGAAGAAUAUUUAUUCCCUCAAACAGGCAAAAAUGUGGACUUUAGAUUUCAAAAUCGACAAUCUACCAGAUUUCUGCCUAAACGGCAACAAUUUGAGCGGAGUAUUAAAGAUCCCCAUAUUCAAGUGAAUGAUAAACUACGUAUGACAGAAUCAAUAGAACCACGUGAUAUGCAAACAGGAAAAAAGUUGAUUAAGUUCUCACAAGAAAUGGAACCUUCAUUGCUAGUAAAGACCGAUCUCUUUCCAUUACUAUUGUCUUCUGACAAAGCAUUUAUCGAAAAUUCCAAACAAAAAAGAAGCUUUGCUCAUAAUGAUGAUUUAACAGAAAUAAAUCCAUGGUAUAAGAACGACUACGAUUACGAUUUCAUAGAAUAUCCUAAAUCUACAUCAGACUCAAAGUCUCGGAAUAUAGAAGAAGAUGAACAACCUUGUUCUUCAUGUGGGGGCAAGAAUAAGAAACCUCCCUCAAAAACUGACAGCAAUGUAAUGACCAGGAAUAAUAAAUGUAAUUGCAAAGGAUAUCAACAUGAAUGUCUUUGUAGCUCGCGGAAAGUGUCACGUUCAAUAUACGAUACUUGGUAUUCAGUAUUCAACAUGAGUGCGCCCUUGCCGUUCCUAACAACGAAAUUGAGAAUAUUCCGCAAAAGGAGAAAUAUUUGGUUCAAAACUGCACCAUCAAUAACCCUGAGCAGCUUAUCAGGAACCUUUGCCAACGCGAAUCUCUCGAUUUUGUUCUCAUCCCAUGUGGACAUAAUUCAGUUGGAAAAAUCUCUUCUCAUACAAAAGCACCAAUUACUCAUACCAAAGGAUGACGUGAAUGCAUUUCAGAGAAACACAUCAGACAACAUUUGUGAAAAUAUUCUGGACUCACAUCAAAUUUCUCCUGAAAAUCAAAAGUUAGCGUGCUACCCUUUCGAUGGUCAACACUUACUCUUACAGGAAUAUCCGUAUUCCGCAGGUUCAAAAGAACGUCUUGAAAGUAAAUCAUUUGUAAAGACAAUUGCUGAUUUAGGCUUUUUUCCGACAACUAUGAAUAUAUUAGAUCGAUGUUCAAAUAACUUAAGCAGACUUUGCUUAAAUAUGUUGAGUGACAAAGUUCCAGCUUACAAUAUAAAAUUAAAGAUGCCAUUCCGAGAAAACGAUAUUAUUUUUCAAAACUCAUUUAAAGUCAAAAUAGCACGAAUUGUUACAGAUACCACUACCAAAGAUAUUCUUCAAAUUUCAGUCGACGUCAUCAGCGAAAGUUUGGUUCUUCACAUUUUCUUAAUAUCAAUCAGUAAUUGUGGUAUACCAUGUACUGCUGCCAGAUCAAACGUUAUGAGACCCUUACUACCAUUUAUUGGAGAUACCAUUACCUUUCUGUUGCCAUUAAUGCAGGAUACAUACAAUAAACGCCGGAAAUUUAAAUGCGACGUGCUCGUGAAAGUUGGUAUUGACAAAAGCCGUGCACAUUAUCUAGUGGCAAACCAGUCCAAAACUAAUUCCGAAGAUUUGAUAAAGAAAAAUUCUACAACAAUUUCUUCUCGGAUAAUUUUUGUUGAAGGUGAAAAUCGGUGCUUCUGUAUAUGGCAUUGUAACUGUCAUUGCAUUACAAAAUUGGAAACUCAUGUAAAUUUUAAUAUUUGUAACAAAAUGGAAUACGAAGACAGACAGAAAGCGGGAAUAUUUCCAAGCUAUGCGUCUAAUCAAUAUUUUUGGCAUAAUUUCAGUGAAUAUGAGAGAACACAUAACCACGAAAUGAUGUAUUUUUUGAUAAAAAACGCAAGCAUUCUAUUACUAAUAAUGCUCAUAUUAGGUCUACUAAAAGCUUUGGCUGGAAGGGUUUUUUCAACUUCUAUUGACCGGUGCGGAUUUGACUUUGCACAAAGUGGCAAGAGAUAUGAGGACUCUUCUGACAGUCGCAGAUUUUUUGUAAACGUGGUCCUGUUCAUUGUUUUUCCGUUUUCUUUUUGGUGUAAAUGUUUUGCUCCCUCAGAUUGUGAUCUUCUUGCAGCAAGCACAGAGUGGCAAUGUGCAGUUUAUGUACCCAGUCCUAUCUCAUCGGAACACAAAAAUCAGGGUAGUACGAAAGAGCGACUCAAUACCAAAAAAUUGGAUAAGGACGAAGACAUCUUCCUAUCUCAGCAUAUAGACUGCUGCUCUAAAACUACGCUUGAUUCUUCGAAAUGUAACAAUAUACUAACGCGUUUAAGAGCUGGUGAUAAUUUGUGUGACACAAAACAGCAUAUUAACAAUAUUCGAAAAAUUAUAUAUAAUGAAUUUCUGAAUAUUAACCAAAACGGUUAUACUGAUGAAGAGCAUAAUACAAAGUAUAUUCUAAAGACACUGGCUGAGAGCAGAGAAUCUCUGAAAAACCUGAUUGUGGAAUAAAACAAUUUUGGUAAAAUAUGUA